AUGGAAAACAUCGGUGUAUUGAGAGACGGUCCUGGGUGGGAUGUUGACCACUGUGUGGCGAAAGCGAAGCCGCCCACGCUAACGUUGUUCCGGAGUCAGAUUGCAAUUAAUCUUGUCGGACAGCAACAAAUGUUUAAAGUCGGACAAAACUUAAAGAAAAGAUAUGGAGACUUUGUUGGAGGUUACACUCAGGAGAAGGUGCACGUGUCUGCAACUAAUAUUAGCACCAGAACAACAGUGUCAUCUCUGUGUGUUAUGGCCGGCCAGUUUCCUCCUUACAAGCCAAUAUUCAAGGAUUUACCGAACUGGCAGCCCAUUCCUGUCUGGCAAAAUACAUCAGAUUUUGACAAGGCUUAUCUUAUUUCAAAUGCUGCAACGUGUCCAAGAUAUGCAACAAUAUUAAGAAAAUCAUUUGAGAGGAUAAAUAAACCUGAUCCAACAAGAGAACGUCAAGUGAUCUAUAAAGUUCUUCAAAACUUUACUGGAGAUCCAAAUGUAGACAAUGUAGGAUCUGUCGCUGGGAUUUUUGAUAACAUACGAUUUGAAGAUUUAAAUGGAUUACCAGUACCAACAUGGGCAACUCAACCUCAGCCACAAUUUAAAAAUAGACCUCUCUAUCCAGACCUGCUAGGAGCUAUUAAUUUAGAGUUUUUCUAUGAGGCGUUCUAUCCAAACCGUGACAAAAAUAGUCUCCAAUUUUAUGCAGGGCCAAUUGUGAACAGUGUACAAGAACAGCUGAAAAUAAACUCAAAUCAAGGAGAUGAGAGAUACAGGUUCCAUGGAACAUCUGACUCUUCAGUGUUUGCUCUGUUGAACGGUAUAGGUGUUGAGGUGAAGUCUUUAAUUGAACCUGGAGAUGGCGUCUUGUUUGAAAUUCAUCGAGAGGACACCGGUCCAAUAGUUCAGGUUCUUUAUUACCGCGGAUUACAACACACCUUUGAAAAACUAACGCUGCCAUCAUGUCCUGACCCGUGCACUGUCGAUAACUUCAUCAAGACAACCCUUGGGCUCACGCCACAGCAGUGGCAACAAAGAUGUUUCAUGUGAUUUGCCAGGAAAUGA